UUUACCAAGAACUUGUCACCAGAACAAAUAAAUUUGAGCACCCUGCGUGGUGAGGGACAUUUGACAGACUUGCAACUAGAUGAAGAGGCACUACAGAACAUGCUUGAUUUGCCAACAUGGCUUGCUGUUACACGUGUCUACUGUAAUCGUGCUGCUAUUCGGAUACAAUGGACAAAGCUGAAAACACAUCCAAUUUGUUUGACGCUUGACAAAGUUGAAAUUGAAAUGAAAACAUGUGAAGAUCCUCGACCGCCCAAUGGUCCUUCCCCUAUAACACUUGCUGCGGGUCAAAGUGAAUAUGGGUUUGCAGAGAAGGUGAUAGAGGGCAUGUUCUUAGAGAUUGGCUGUGUGAUUAUCAAGAUCGAGUCACAGACAUUUCAUGCAUCUCUACAGCUGUGGCAGCUGCAAGGCUACAGUGUUAGUCCAACGUGGCAGCAGAGUGAUUUACAAUUCACCCGCCUUACCCAUCCACAGAGAGGAGAGGUUCUCACUUUCAAGCAAGUAACUUGGCAGACCUUGCGCAUUGAAGCUGAUGCCUCUGAUUGUUGUGAUGAUGCCCCAAGCACUCCUUUACGUCUACUUACCAAUAGCGGAAGAUUGAACGUUGCACUUAAAAGAAGGACUAAAGAUUGUAUGGUCCUGUCUUCAAAGCUGACAUUCGUCUUAGAUGAGCUGCUUUGGGUUCUGACAGACUCUCAGCUGCAGUCAUUGCUUUCAUACACAAAAUCCCUAAGUGAAGCUGUCCAAAAAUCGAUGAGGCAAAAAGAACAGAUAAGUGUGGGGCAGGUCCUAUCCCCCAAUACCACUCCACAGUGGUCAUAUUCCUCUCCCAGUUCCAGCUCUUCUAGUCUAGGACGGUACUUUGACAGAUUUGAUGUGAUGGAAACCUCUUAUCAUCUACUCAUCUCACGGCUAGAAAUACAUGUGUGUGAUGACAGCCAAAAAAGGGGUACAGUAUCCGGAGGAGCCAUACAAAUGACCUUCCGCAGAAUCAUGUUGGACUAUUAUCCUACCCACAAAACAGGGCAGAGCUGUGCCCAUUGGAAUCGUUAUUCUCCUGCAAUGAGCACUUGUGAACAGUGGACUCAAGAUCUUGCAGAAGAAAGACAAGCUAAGGAAGAAAUUAAUAUCAGUAUGUUUGGAAAAAUACCUUCAUCUAAAAAUGAGCAGCGCAGUACAAGAGAACCAUCUCUCUGCUUUCGAUCAGUACUCAUUAGGAUUGAUGAUAUGCAUAUUCAUCAGGUGUCUUCAUCUGGACAGACCCCCCAAAGACCACCUCUUCUUUCAUGCCAUCAAAUACCAAUUGCUUCUUCUGCUAUCCAUCUUCAAUACAUGGAUUAUUACUGUCUUUCAGGAGAGUGUCUUCCAGUGCCUCCACCUGCUCUAUACAUACAACUCCAUGUGAAUGAAGGUGCAAUCGAGACUAGAGACCUCCGCUUAGAUGGAUUCAAUCUUAAGCUUAUCUUCCCUGUGACAGUUCCUACCUACAGUCCCCCUGAUCGACCAUCUUCUGUUUGUGCUCAUCUUUCUUCAGUUACCCUCACAAACACACGCCAGGCUCCAGGUUCUAACCUUGGUCUUCUACAAAGCAUAUUUCGAUCCUUUGCAGCACACAAAGAUUUUCAUUGCCCUCCAGGACCUCUGCAUCCAGUAUUUCUUUCCCAUUUGUAUCCUUCUUCUGAAUCUCCACCAACAUCUCUGUGGACUCUACAUAGCCCUGGCUUGUCUAUUUAUUUUGAAGGAGGGAGAUCUAAACGUGAUAUACUAUUACAUCAUAUGCAAUUUACAGCAUUGGCCUGUCUUUUAAUUCCUGAACUUGAGUUGCAAGUAAUGAUCAAUGUAGACGAUAUAAUACGGCUGCAACUGAAUCACUACCACUAUCUCACCUUGCUACGUUUCCAAGAGCAGCUGCAACUUUUACUGGAAGGCUUAAAGCAUACAGCAAAUUCACGGCCAGUUUUUUUAAAGCGGAUGUCUUCUUCCUACCAUAUGAAAAUCUGUGUUGGCAUGCAAAUCCCCAUUGUCACUAUUUCUCUUUUACUUCCGGGCUCAAUCUCUUCCCUGGGACUCGAGGACUCUGAAAGGAGCAGUCUUGUAGGGUCUGAACUUGCAGAAGGGGGCAUAACUUGUGGAAAAAAGACAAAUAAGUCACAUGUGACAAAUAAAUGUGAAAUUGUAGAUUCAUUUUUUGGCCCUGAACAAGGAGAAGCGCUUCAGGAGGUAUUGGAUGUGCAGAAAGGAGAAACUUCUCAGCUCUGUCACCAUAAUAAUAAAGAAGAAACAGAUGAUCUGACAAAAGGCGGUCUGCCGGAGAAGGUUCUAGCUAAUGAUGCUGUUUCAACAAAGGAAGUUUCUGUAGACCCUUCACUGUGGAAGGAGUUUUCACAUAACACAUUGCUUAGCACUCUGGGUCUGAACUGUGAGACUUUUGGCCUUGGAAAGGAAAGAAUGCAUCGCUUUCUAAGUGACACAAAACAUAAAGAUGAUGUUCUGCACAAUCGGACAAGUUCACAUCUUUCUCGUACGCAGUCAUUGGAUACUGUUUCUAUAGAUGGUCUGGAUUUGUUGUCUCUGGACAGUGAAACUACUGAGAAUUUCAUUUUGAAAUUGGAUGCCGAAAUUACUCUCAAUGGAGAAAAUGUUUUAACAGAAGAAGAUGACACCUCGCAAAGUACAGAGUGCCCUGGACCACAGCAGAUUAUUACAGUGGCUCUUCAUAAUGUCUCCUCCGUCUCACAUGUUUUUGGAGAGGACUUGACAGUUACUGUCAAAGCUUUAGACAUCAGCUGUUCUCAAAAAGUGAAAGAUUUGAAAGGUCUUUUAACAAGUACUCCCACCACAACAUCUCCACGUAUGAUCUUGAACUUUGAUAUUGGUCCUACUGCAGCUUCUCUCUCUCCACUUGCUGUACAUAAUGGAUUUUUACAAUUACAUAUUCAAGAUUUUAGCUUGGAGAUUCCUAUAUCUGCUUUAACACAUAUAGGACCUUUUCUAGAGGAUGAACAGAUUCCCAAAACACUGCCAAUGAUUAUUCAAGUUACCAACAGCAAGCUGAUAUUGAGAGAUGAUGUUCCACGUAUGUAUCAGUCUCCAGUUGUUCCCGAACCAAUUGCUUUUUUAGUGGAAAACCUCAAAGUUCAGAGGCAAGAAGAUGGAGUUUUCUGGAUCACUGGACAAGAAUCUUUUAGCCUGUUUAAAAAAAAUACUUCUCAAGAACUGCCGGACAGCAAAGAGGCGCUCAAGAGAGAACUGUUGGCUGCACUUGCAAAACUUGAACAACAGCAAAAACAAGAGCAGCGUCUCUUAGAGGAAAUCAGAAAAUACAACCCCCAAUUCCAUCUGUGAUUGCUCAGUGUCUUAAUGCCUUUAUAGUACCAUUCUACACUAUAAUGUCCUAUGCACUGAAAACAUUUUACACUCACCAGAAUAUUUGAGCAGCAAAAAGUGUCUAUUACACCUUAUGCACAUGAAUAUGUAUUUUGCUGUCUGCAAAUUGUAGAUCCACAAAAUACUGAUACUGUCUGCAUUGCAUCCACAUUUUUGUGGACCUAUUUACAAUAGAUCUGCCGUCCACAUUUUGCAGCCAAGUAUAGAGCAUGUUGUAUCUCUUUGCGCAACAGACAUACGGAUGAGGAAAGUGCACAGAUCAUCCAUGUGCUUUCCACAUCCGUUUGUCUGUUCCACAAAAAGUUGGAAUUUGUCCUUAAAAUGCAGACCAUGCACCAAGUCAAUGGGUCUGAAAAAUGUGUAAUGGGUCUGUAAUAAUAUUUUGCCAUGCAAGUAAUGGCACUUUUAACAUGUAAACUGAAAACAGGAGCAUUGUUUUUCUCUGGACAUUACUUUUUUUGUUCACUUAUCUAAAGACUGUCAACCUAUAAACAUAUGGUGGUAUUAGCCGAUAACUUGUUGCAAUAUGAUAAACAUCAAAAUGUUUACAAAGCGAUUCUCUUUAAACUUGUGUUUGAAAAAAUAUACAUAUAGUUUACUGUUAGUUUUCAUACAAAUACAUUUGUAAUUGAAAUUGUGGCAGUAACAUUUCCUAUGAAUUUAAUGCAGGUUGCAGUACGUAUAUAUACUUAUAAUUAAAGAUGAGCAAAGUUUUCCAAAAUUUUAUUUGAACGCUUCGUUGAAUACUUCCAAAAAAUUCGCUUUGUUCCAAAUUAAUUAAUCAAUCAAGUAUGCUCAUUAAAUUAGCUAAAUCUCGGCCUGCAUGGAGAGUGUAUCUUGGUGUGCAUCACUCUGCAUUUCAGCAACAUGCAUAGCUAGUCAUUUCUUGUAGUGAAACAGUUACUGUGCAUCAGUAUGACAGGCAGGUCACAUACAGUAUAUGGAUGAACGCAUCGGCAAGUGUCACUAUUAGGCUCAGUUCAGACUUCACUUAUUUGGUCAGUUACAGGUCCAAAACAAAGAACAGGGGCAGAUCUUUUCAUGAUAUGCUAUCUGCCAGUAGGAUUGGCUCCUGAUUUUAGCCCACCAUACAGUAAGUGCUGGAAUUAACUGACCAAAUAACUGAAGUGUG